AUGAAACACCCUUUAGGACCUGAAGUCCUGAAUUUUGAAGAAGAUGCAGAAUUUGAAAUGACACUUAAUCACUUAACACUAGAAAGACCCAAAUUGAAACUGGCGAACAUAAAACCAUGUUCAAGAGCAACAGACAAUGAUUGGACCUUAGGCUUCGAAACUUAUCCUACAGUAAUGCCAUUUAGACAAAAUAAUCAAUAUUUUGACGUGAUCAAUUCUGUUCGAUUUGUAGCUAAUAAUCGUCUAUCCUAUCGUCGAACUAAAGACGAAUCGGCAACAACUCUAUCAGAACUACAAGAUCAUUUAUCGAAGAACGUGAGAUAUCAAUGGCAAUGUGUUGAAUUUGCUCGUCGAUGGUUGUUGAUGCGCAAGAGCUGCACAUUCAAAGAUAUUCCUUGUGCUUUUAACAUUUGGGAUGAAUUGCCGUACAUCGAGCGAGUGACUGACGGUCGACAUUUUCCAUUGUGUCCUGUUCCAAAUGGUUCUCCGAAACCACCGAAAAAGGAUUCAUUGCUCAUCUAUCCUCGUAGUCGAAAGAUGCCUUACGGGCAUGUUUCCGUGAUCACCGAUGUUGUAUCAGGUUAUGUUCAUAUUGCCGAGCAAAACAAUUUGUGUCACUAUUGGCCAGGCGACUACGCUCGUCGAGCUCCAUUAAGAUUUCAUCAAGGUGCCUAUUAUAUUGAUGAUGGAGAUAAAAUUUAUGGAUGGAUGGAGAUCGAAAACAAUGAUCAGUUGCAACCGUUCGUUGAAUCGGACAUUGAUUCUAUUCGUGAACAGUAUCUACAUCCUUAG